AAUUCCAAAAGUUACUGUCUCCUAAGAUUAAUCUCCAUAAACAGUAUGUGCUGUCGUGGUUAUAUAUGUUGUCUUGACAUGUUAAAGUCGGAGCCUUCCUCUGAUUCUGAAUCUGAUAAUUUUUAUGACAGAAGGGAUUCCAAUAAUCCAAGUGAACCCAUUACCACUGCCAGAGACAAUUCUCAAGCCCUUCGUCAGAACCUAGCCUCCAGUGAUGAACAGUUCAAGGCAGCCACUUCUGGUACUAACGUAAAAGUAGAAGUUCAUGAUAAUGUUAUCAGAAUUAUUGGUCACUUUGAUACCGCAACUGCUACUCAAGAUCUGAAAGCCAAAGAUUCUGAAACUGUUUCACGUGAUGAGGCUCACGAAUAUCAGUUGAAUGCUAUCAAUCCAAAAGAUAAAAGCUCAUGCAGAAGCCUAUUCGAUAACUGUAAUGCGAAUAGCUGUCUUUGUGAAAGUGAUAGUAUUCGAUGUGGGGAGCUGAAACCUAUUGAUGUUUCAAACAUGGCACAUGGUGUAGUUUAUGACAAGAAUCAAAAUGGGGUAGUUCCGAAAGAACAAGCUAUAUCCACACAAUUCUUUGAUAAAUAUGAAGCUAAUAACUAUAUGAAUGGUAGCGAAGUACAUCGAUACGAUACGAUUGUUAAUGAUAUGUGUAGUCCUAUAAAACAAAUUAGAGCACCUAAAGAGGAAUAUAUUGCACCCAAAUCUGAUAUAAACGAUAAUGCUAAUACUACAGAGUUUAGUGAGUUAGAAAUUGGCAAGUCGACUCCAAAAGUUCUUUAUAAUAGAGAUGCUGUUGUCACAAAAAGUGUUUUUGAAAUUGAGAAUUGUGCAAUAUAUGAACCAGUGCUCGAUGAAGAUUUGCACGCAUCAGCCAAUCAAGAAAGUGAACUUAACUAUAAGAAGGUUGAUAACUUAAAUAUUCCUUGGAUUGAUGACCCAAAAGAUUUUAAUAUAUCUCUUACCAAAUCGCAUAACGCUCAGAAAAUUACAAUACAAAGUUGUUUAGAUAAAAAUAAUGCACCGCCCACCGAAUCAACUUGUAUCGAUCAUCCUUUUACUUCUGGUAAUGACACCAAUCCUUUUAUGGUUAAUACACCAAAAGAUAUGGUGGUUAGUUUUCCGUUAAAAGAUAUCUCCAGUUUUGCAAAUAAAAGUAAGGGCACCGUAUCGACUAACCCAUUUAAGGUUGACAAUUCCAUUUAUGAUAAAUAUGUUACUACCAGUUUUUUGGACUCGCCAGCUAAAGAUGUCAAUAUAUUACACAAUGUAACUGAACCAAUUUGUCAAUGUACAUCCACAGGUUUGAUUAAUACACAUCAGGCUGAUAAUAACCGUAAUGAAAGCGAUGUAGUCGAUGCUCAGUUAGACUUAUUAGUCUAUGAUGCUAGCACAACAGACGAUGGAAGUGCUUACAGCAAAAUCAAUGCUAUGGAUCCAAUUAAUAUAAACGUAUGUGAUCUUUUGAUUGAUAUAUCUCAAUUUGAUAAUUACUUUAAUGAAGAACGUAUUUCUACACAACAUAGAAAUGCUUAUGAAACAUCUGAAGUUGGAUCUUGUGGAUUGCCAACUGAUAAUUUCGUUGCAAAAGUUUCCAGAGUAGAUAAUUCUUUAACCAAAACAAGUGAAAUUGCUGCCGAGAUAAAUUCGUUAAAUGAACUUGGCAGUGCCAUUGAUUUGUCUGUAUCUACCACUCAGGAAGACACAAUCAAUUACACAAAGACUGAGGAUAUAAACAUUCCAUGGAUUGAUGAGACAAUGCAAAUAGAAUUCAUUGCUGAACAAUCAUAUACAACCAUAGAGGUUGGAAUAUGUAGUCACUCAGAUAACAACAAGGAACUUAACAUACAUUGUAAUGAAAGUUUAGAGUUAAUUAAUCCUUGUCCUGAUAGUUUUUCAAAUGUAGUAGAUGCAGAGCAAUAUACAAAAGAAAAUGUUUUAUUGAAGGAUAUCCCAAUGUUAUUAGAGAACCGAUGUUCUCAUGAACAAGACACACAUGCAAGCUUGAUUGAUAUGGAUGAGACUGUUGACUGCCUUACCCAAAAUGAGAUUACCAAAAAUGUUGAAAAUUUUUUUAAUGAGACUGUUGGUUGUAGCAUAUUAAAUCCUACAAUUGCGAAUAAACACGACAUAACCACAAAAUUAAUUGAUGUGUAUGGCAUUGAUAAUAACCUCAAUGAAAGUAGUAAGUACCACAUACUAAACUCAACUGAAUCUGAUAUGAUUGAUUUUUCAAGUCCUGUAAAAUUAAUAAAUACACAUAAAAUACAUAAAGUAUCAUGUGUCAUACCGGUUUCGGAAACAACGAAUAAUUCCGAGUCUGCUGAGUACUGCGAAUUAAUAACUGACAACCUGGUUACAGAAGCUACUGAUACUUGUAUUAAAAAAAGUCUCAUUGAAUUUACUGCAGAGGAGGAACUGAAUUUACGUGCAUCUACCAUAUGCAAAGAUACAAUCAAAAACGUACAGAUUAAUAACCUAAACAAACUAUCAAUUGGUGAUAUAGAACCACUCAAUUCGUCUGCUUUGGAAAUGUAUAUACCUCAGAAUGAUGCAAUAAAUAGACAAUCAAAAAAAAACGAAAACCUUGACAUGAUUCGUACUGAGUCUACUGUAGUUAAUACGCAACAGCCUGUUAUAGCUAAUUAUAUAUUAAAGGAUAUUCGCAUUGAAAAUGAAAUAAAAUUAGUGAAUGCUAAAAAUGCUACAGCAAAAAACUUAAAGGAUAGAAACGAUAUUCCUUAUAUAAAUUAAGGCAAUCAUUUUUCUGAUAUUUCAGAAGUAGCGAAUAUCAUACCUGGAAGUUAUUAGUUAACUAAAACUGUUAAAUAAAAUUUAAAGGAACUAGAAGAAAGAAUAUAUCAAAUAAAACAAUGAACUGGGACAAAAUUCGUUUCCGAUGUUGGAUAUAUUUUAAAUUUAAAUAACCACCUCAAAAUAUUUUAAACACAAAUAGUUUUUAUA